ACCCGCCGCCGCCGCCCUCCCUCGGCUCGCCGCGUCCCCCGGGCCGCGUCCGCAGGCUGAGCCCAGGCGGGCCGCGGCGAGCACCCCGCAGCUCCGCGCCCCAGCCCGGCCCCGCUCCCAACGGAAAGUUGGGCUGCGGCGGGCUGCGUUCGGGAAGGAGCGAGGCGGCAUGAGGGGGCACCGAGGGGUCGCCUAAGACACCGGGGAGGCGGCGCCGCGCGCGGGGACAACUUCGCCCCGGGCGCGCAACCCCCGGCCGGGCUCGCGGUGGUUCCUCCCGUCCCUCGGCCUCCCCCGCCGAUCGCGACGCGGACCUUGGUCCCGGCGGCUCCGCGGCGGUGACACGAGCCCGCCUCAGCCGCCGCCUCAGUCUCCUGCCGCGCCGCCACCUUGCCCGCACCAUGGAGUUCUCGGAGAGGAAAAGAAGCAGGAAAUCCCAGAGCUUCAAACUGGUGAGCCGAGAUUAUCACCAUGAGGUGUAUAAAAUCUCAGAAUUCAGCAAUGAUGUUAAUGGGGAGACCAAAGAGACACAACCCAUUUUCUUAGGAGACGAAAGCAUGGAAAUUAAAAAACAAAUUACGGGGAUGAGAAGAUUGCUGAAUGACAGCACUGGAAGGAUAUAUCAGCGUGUCGGCAAAGAAGGGGAAAAAUUAAAACAAGAGCCGCAGGUUGUGGAUUUAGUCUGGCCUCAGCGGUCCAACUCUUCCACCGAGGCCUCACAGGACCUCCACCCUAAUUCACAUGGGGUGUGGAAUGAACUACCAACCCAAAGCGGGCAGUUCUCAGGGCAGUCUGGUCCACGCUCCAGAACCUUCCAGAGUCAGCCCCACAUCUCUGCAAGUUCCAAUGGAGAACUUCCAGGGGUGAAUUCAAUAGUCGGAUCCAACUGCUGUACUUGUAACUGCCAGUCAACCUUGCAGGCCAUUCUCCAAGAGCUCAAGACCAUGAGGAAAUUAAUGCAGUUUCAAGCAGUUGGAACUCAAAACAGACAACAACCCCCAAUUUCCCUUAUGUGCUCCCAGCGAACCGCUGUCUCACGCAAGAGAAAUAAAAAGAAAAAAGUGCUUCCGAAGACUGUGCAACCUGUGACGACUGUGGAACCAAAGCCCAGUCCCUUGGAAACUGAGAAGAAGCCAGCAGUCUCGGCCACAAGGCCACCAGGUCUCCAAGCUGCAGAGCGCACCUCUACUGAGGAGAACCACGUCCUGGGAUUUGGCAUUGUUCUGGAAUCGCCAUCCUCAGAUCCAGAAGUGCAACUUGCCGAAGGCUUCGAUGUGUUUAUGCCCAAAUCUCAGCUGGACUCUAUACUGUCAAACUACACUCGCUCAGGAAGCCUUCUGUUUAGAAAACUGGUGUGUGCAUUUUUUGACGACAAGACUUUGGCUAACUCCUUACCCAACGGAAAGCGGAAAAGAGGGUUCAAUGACAACCGGAAAGGACUAGACCAAAACAUUGUGGGUGCAAUAAAAGUCUUUACAGAAAAUUACUGUACUGCGAAUCAUGUGGAUAAACUUCCUGGCCCCAGAGACUGGGUGCAGAUUCUGCAGGAUCAGAUUAAACUGGCCAGAAGAAGGUUGAAAAGAGGCUCAGCAGAGGUAGCUGACGGUGAUGAAAGACUGGACCGCAUCUCUCUACCCCCAACAGGUCAUACAUUUGUCAUCAAGAGAGAGACCCCAGAGGACCCAGAACCAGGUUCCAUGGCCUAGACUUGCAUUCUGGAACAUUCUUCAUUUUCUCCAAGGUCCAUGUAGCAGCUACAGAUCCUGCAGCGUGGGUGUUCUGUGGUGGCUUGUCCUGUCCGAAUAAUUUCUUUGUGACAUGUGGUAUCACAACUCCAGUUUGGCAUAAUAUUUUUUUAAAGAACCAUGCUUACAGUUGCUACCCUGUAAGCGUCCAGUGUGUGUGACCCACCGUAAAGAAGCCAUUCCCUUCCUGUCUCUGUCCGUUCACAGACUAGGUGUGAAGACAGCAGUCUUUCUAAACAUAUUUAUUUUAUUGUGAAUUGCUUAGCUGCAUGCAGAGAGGAAACCUUCUCUUCCAGGACUGAUAAAGGUUACAAGGCAGCGCUAACUAUCCCCUCUUCAGCUUAGAGAAGGAAACAGUUGUUCUGAGAAACAGGAGAGCUCCUACCUGGCCAGUGAAGUCGUUUCUGACAUCAGUCAUAGUAACCCGGAACAGACAUUUGGAACUGGAGAAGUACAAACGAUGUAAGAAUCCUUAGGAAAUAAAAUCUUUCACAUAAUUUAUAAUGACGUGAUGACAAAAAAAAUAAUAACUCAAAGUAAGCAGCCAUCUGCUUGGGAGCCGUCAAGCAUUUAAACUGAGCAGCCUUGGCUGUGACCAUUUUCAUGUUCAUUCUGUAGUCUGUCUGGUCCCUCACCCGCCUGCCUUCUGCUUUUUGUAAAAAAAAAAAAAUCUGGCUUUAUUUUAAAGAAAUCUUUGCUGUGGGGAUAAUUGUUUUACAGACAUAUUUACCUCCACAUUCAUUGAAAAUACCACCUUAGAAAGCCUUGCAUUUACACCUUAUUUAUGGUAUAAAGCAAACUGCCUUGAAUCUUGGGCACUUGACACAAAGGCCAAAAAUAGCUGUUAACGAAAAAAACGUGACUCUCAUCCAGCAAACCCCAGGGGUAAAAACCCCAGGGACAAAAGCUUAGCCUUUGCCUACUAUUGGUGCAGCGAUGGGUUAAAGCCGACAGUGUGCUUCAAGGACCGAGUCCCACUCCGAGCUUUGCCCUUGAGAGAGCCGAGAGUUGGGUUGCCUAGGACCGGGUACAAUUCGUGGCCAGCUGGCCAUAGAACCUGGAUAUCCUUGGGACCCUGUCCAGUGCACUGCACCACACCCCACGAAACACUAAAGAUAGGAUCAGAACACUAUUCCACUGAGACCAGCUAGAGAAAGUGAUAGGUGAUAUCCCUGGAAUGUGACAAAGUCCGCUUCUAGGUGUUGCUCCUACUGUCAGUCUCCUGAGGAGAUGGCAGCAUCUCACGGAUGCACCUUUUAUUUCUCUUGGAAGCUAUGGGGACAGCUUGGAAAUUACUCCCAUCCUGCAGUCAGCUCCCAUAGGUUUCGGUUUCCCACUGGCCCUAAUCCUGUGUUUUAUCCAGGGGUCUGAUGAGCUGCAGACAGACCAGGACUCUCAUCACUCUGCAGCAGGCCCUGAAAAAGGACUGUCUUCUGCCUCCCAGAAUGAAAUACUGCUCAAGGGGACUAGAGAAGCUCAGUUAGCGCCUGUCACUUGAUUAAAUGGUGGUGAAUUUGUUUUCAGUACAGGGAGAACAUAGACUCACAACUGGAGGUCGGUUGGGUGUGAACAAUAAACCUUCAGAAAACACUUCCUUCCAAGCCUUGGGUGACAGCUUGGAGUUUUCAGUACUUGAGGAGGGGUGGGAUUGUUUGACUCACAGAUAAGUGCAAUGGGUUCACAGAUUGGGAAGGCAGAGCAAAACUGUAACAGUAAAACCAUACUUUGUAAGUUUACAUUGUAUUUGUGUUAACUUACCGUGACUACUGUUCAGCUUUGUUUAGAAACCCUUUUUAUAGGCUUUCUUAGCAAAAAACAAAAAAGUCCAUAUCUAUGGAUGACAUGUCUCAGUCUUCUGUACAUAUAUUUUAUUAAUAUGUAAAUAUUCAGAUUUUUAAAAUUAUAAUGUUCUUUUAAAAGAAUUCAAUGCAAAGCUAGCUGUGAAAAUGGUGUGUAACACUGUGUUGUGAUUUCAACUCCCAAGACGCCCUUUAUGUCCAUUCUGGAAAAAUACAAUAAAUUACUUUAAUUGAAUGCA